GCUUCAUUCAACGGGAGCUCUAAUUGCCAUCGACGACUCACUCCGGCCGUAAUCAUCAGGCUCCGGCAGCUCACACAAGUUGCCGGCGAAAAUUUCUCGACUUGCGAUUCCUGGGAAGCAGCACGCAUGCCUCAGUACAAAGAUGAGCCUCCAGCAGUUCGCGUGUACACGGUCUGUGAUGAAUCGAGAUACCUGGUCGUGAGGAAUGUUCCUGCGUUAGGAUGUGGAGAUGAGCUGUUGGAGCUCUUCGCCACUUAUGGCGACGUUGAAGAAUGUAAACCAAUGGAUGAAGAAGACUGUGAGCCGUACACUGAUGUUUAUUGGAUCAAGUUUUGUCUCGACUGCAAUGCUAGGUUUGCAAAAAAAAAGUUGGAUGAGUAUGUCUUCUACGGGAAUAGACUGCAAGUUUCGUAUGCUCCCCAUUUUGAGAGCCUCUCUGAUACAAGGGAAAAGUUAGAAGCUAGGAGAAAGGAAGUUCUUGCUCGGUCGAACCCUGGAAGAUUCAAGGGUACUGCCACCUCUAGCAGUGUCGGUCUGGUUAGGUCUUCAGCUAAUGCAAGUUCCUCGCAGAGUAGUGUUGUUGGCCAACAGAUCUUCAAUCCCAAUAGUGCAUCGCAGCUCACUCCUCAUGCUGAUAAUUCUUCAUAUGCAAUGGUUUCCUCAGACCUGGAUUAUUUUCAAUCCCACUCGAUGAAUCAGACGGUGCAGUUGGUCAGAGACAAGCUCAAUAAGAUUGAAUCAAGUGGUGAGUGUCAGCAAUCAGGACCUCCAGUGAAGAAAGCUCGCAUCGACAACAGAAGGAGAAUUUGACUUUUUGUCGGAACUAAGAAUUGCCCUCUGUCAAAGUGUGUCAGCAAUCACACACUGCUUUUAUCUCACUGGUACGGACUCCCCUCAAGUUGACACUGUUCUUAUCUACUCUAUGUCGAUCAAAUCUGUAAGUUAUAUGUGGUUAAAAUCAUCUUCGCUCAGUUCU